UUCGGUUCGGUUGGGCGGGAUGGAGACGGGCGGGUGCCGCAUGAGCGGCGCGGAGCCGGGCGCCCCGGCCGCGAUCACCCUGGAGGAUCUGGAGAGUCUGGGGGAGGAGGGCCCGGACUCGGCGUACAACAGCAACGGGAGCAGCCUGGAGGAGGAAACGGAGCGGAUGGAGGACGAGGAGCAGGAGAGGCUCCUGAGCUACUGGCAGAGCGUGGGCAGGGGGCACCAGGUGGACGUGCCCAGGGACAUGGCCGAGCCAAUCCAGCAGCUGACCAGGAACAACAGUCCCCAGGAGAGACAGAGCAUCCCCUUCACCCUCAUCCACCGCAAGGAAAAGCUUGGAGAUCUGCUUUAUGAGAAACGUCAGUAUGGAAAAGCCAAGUGGGCUUGCAUAAAAAUGAAGGAAAAACAGUAUGAACAGAGCAUAUGCCUUGGAUUCAUGAAGCUUAUGAGGUACAUUUGUGAGCAGAAUUCCUCAGGACUGUACUUGGGGAUAACAGUACCCAUUGUGACCAUAGUCCACACAAAUGAGUCUCAGUCAGAGAUGACACAGUCAGUGACAGUAGCAUACUACCUGCCUGAAGUGCUGCAGGAGGAGCCCCCUCAUCCCUUUGACUCUGACAUCAUCAUUGAAGAAUGGCCUUCUACUAUUGUUUAUAGCAGGAGCUUCAGAGGGAUCACCAAUGAAGACUCCAUAAUGAGAGAAAUUAACCUGCUGGCAGAAAUCCUGGAGCAUCCUGAGCUGUGUUUGCAGGACACGUUCAUCAUUGCAGGAUACACAAACCCAGCUGCUGCCAACAGACACAAUGAGAUCUGGUUCCUCCAGAGACCAUAG